AUGCCCCUCAGACUGGGCGCGCCGCUGCGGCGCAGGCCGGCGCGGGCGGGCGGCGCAGGUCGACGAAGACCGGAGGCCGACGAGUGCGCGGCGCCCGCCGCGCGCCAGGCCAGCUCGAGGUGCGCUGCCGCGCGUGCCGGCGCGCACGCCAGGGCGCACCGGAUCUGUCCAGAGACCAUGGAGUCGACCGGAGUGAUCGCGAUGGUCGAUUUGUUGAUCAAGGAUGACUUGGACAAGGAGAUGACAGAGGCCGAGACGCAGGAGAAGAACAACCAGGAGGAGUACGAGAAGCUCAUGAAGGAGGGACUCCUCGGAGGAGCGGGCCAUGAGCACGAAGAUGCUGGCCGCCAAGGCCGAGAGCAAGGCGAACUUGGAGGUCGACCUGCAGGGCAAGAAGGGCGAGCUCAAGUCUGCCUCCAAGGAGCUGAUGGCCACGGAGAAGUACAUCAUGUCCCUGCACUCCGAGUGCGAUUGGCUCAUACAGUAUCCAUUUGCGCUGCCGCACGGAGGCCCGCGCGGACGAGAUCGACAGCCUGA